UCAGUACUAUCAGCAUUCAAACUUCCUGUUUACAGUGCAGACUUGUCAACUACUGUGGUGCUGAGAAAAGCCAACAUAAAUCUUAUUAUCACGGUUGAUUUAGAUGUAGUUUAAUUCCACAUCUUUCAGAUGAUGCCCUUCACAGUAAAUAUCAAACUGUCACCUCGGACACUGACUGGAGCUUUGAAUAUUCAGAAUAAAACAGCCGUGGACUGGGGAUGGCAAGGACUCAUUGCUCAAGGCUGUCACUCAGUUGUACUGGUCAUUGAUCCUGUAACAGCACAGAUGAUACAGGCUCUUGAGAGGCAUAAAGCUAAUGUUGUAAAGGUUAAAUGGGCCAGAGAGAACUAUCAUCACAGUACUGGGUCUCCAUAUUCUCUGCGGCUGGCCUCCGCAGACGUGACGGGAAAGAUAAUCGUGUGGGAUGUGACGUCAGGAACAGCUUGCUGUGAGAUACAGGAGUACAGCAAACCCAUUCAAGAUAUGGAGUGGAUGUGGAACCAGGAUGCGUCUCGGGACCUGCUGCUGGCAGUGCACCCCCCUAACUACAUCGUCCUCUGGAACGCAGACACAGGGACCAAACUCUGGAAGAAGAGCUACACUGAAAACAUCCUGUCCUUCUCCUUUGAUCCUUUUGACCCUUCAAAUUUAGCACUGUUGACCAGUGAUGGAAUAGUGUUCAUCUCUGACUUCUCCCACUCCAAAGCCCCGGGCAGCACUGGGAAGAAAGUGUAUAUCUCCAGCCCCUACUCCAGCCCAGUCCACAGCAAACCCACCCCUGCCACCGGGGCAAAGAAGGCUCUCAACAAGGUGAAAGUGCUGAUCACUAAUGAAAAACCAAGUGCUGAGUCUGUGACACUAAACGACUGCCUCCAGCUGUCAUACCUGCCUUCCAAGCGGAACCACAUGUUGCUGCUGUACCCCAGAGAGAUCCUCAUACUGGACCUGGAAGUGAGCCAAACAGUGGGCGUGGUGGCUAUUGAGAGGACUGGGAUACCCUUCAUUCAGGUUAUUCCGUGUCGACAGAGGGAUACUCUCUUUUGUCUGCAUGAAAAUGGUUGCAUAACUCUGAGGGUCCGGAGAUCCAACUGCAGUGCUGUCAAAGAACCAGAUCCAGAUCAGUCUGUUCAAGAGCUGGCCUAUGAUCUCCGCUGUCAGUGUGAUGCAAUGCGGGUAACGAAGACCGUGCGUCCCUACAGAAUGGUGUGCUCCCCUGUUAGUGAGAACUCGGCUGCCCUCAUCGUCAGCGACGGGAGGGUGAUGAUGUGGGAGCUGAAGGCUCACGCUACACGACCCGAUACACAGUACAGUUCAGGAGUCUCUCCUCUGUACUCUCCAAUCUCUUUCUGUGGAGUGCCGCUGAGACUGCACCAGAGAAGGAUACCUGAUCUUUCACUAGACAGCAUGAUAGGACAAAGUGUGAUUGCUGGGGAGGAGCCCCCGAAAGCACCCCUGCAGCAGGAGGUCCAGCUCAAGUUCCUCCUCACAGGGCUGCUCUCUGGGCUGCCCCUGCCUCCCUUCGUCAUCCGAAUGUCCCCCCCCCUCACCACCAAGAACAUCAACCAAUAUCAGCCUCUGCUGGCCGUCGGUACUAGCAAUGGAUCGGUGCUGGUCUACCAUCUGACCAGUGGAUUACUGCACAAGGAGUUAAGCAUCCAUUCCUGUGAAGUAAAGGGUAUCGAGUGGGCAAACUUGACUAGCUUCCUUUCUUUUGCCACGUCGACACCAAAUAACCAAGGCUUGGUCAGAAACGAACUGCAGCUGGUGAACCUCCCAACAGGCAGAAGCUUGGCAUUCCGCGGCGAGCUGGGCAAUGACGAGACGCCAAUCGAAAUGAUUAAAGUGUCUCAUUUGAAACAGUACUUGGUGGUUGUGUUCAAAGACAAGCCAUUGGAACUGUGGGAUAUCAGAACAUGCACUCUCCUCCGAGAGAUGGCCAAGAACUUCCCAAUAGUUACAGCACUGGAAUGGUCUCCAUCCCAUAACUUAAAGAGCAUGAAGAAAAAGCAGCUGGCAGCACGAGAAGCAAUUGCCAGGCAGACUGUCUCUGACACAGAAGUCUGCAGUGUGGAGUCUUCUGUCAUCAGCUUGGUGCAGGAAGCAGAAAGCAGAUCUGGGCUGAGUCAGAGCAUCUCUGCACGAGAGCACUUUGUCUUCACGGACACAGAUGGGCAGGUCUAUCACCUCACUGUGGAGGGGAACUCUGUGAAGGACGGAGCUAGGAUUCCCCCCGAUGGAAGUAUGGGAAGCAUCGCUUGUAUUGCUUGGAAAGGAGACACCUUGGUUCUUGGGGAUGUUGAUGGCAACUUGAACUUUUGGGAUUUAAAAGCCAGGCUUUCAAGAGGGAUACCUACGCAUCGUGGCUGGGUUAAGAAGAUUCGAUUUGCACCUGGAAAAGGCAACCAGAAACUGCUGGUUAUGUUUAAUGAUGGUGCUGAAGUGUGGGAUACAAAAGAGGUGCAGAUGGUGAGCAGUUUAAGAAGCGGGCGGAAUGUUAACUACAAGGUCUUGGACGUAGACUGGUGCACCUCUGAUAAAGUUGUCCUGGCUUCUGAUGAUGGGUGUAUUCGAGUUCUCGAAAUGGCCAUGAAGUCAGCCAGCUACAGAGUGGAUGAACAGGAGCUGACAGAUCCAGUGUGGUGUCCUUACCUGCUUCUGCCCAGAGCCUCCCUGGCAUUGAAGGCAUUUUUGCUACAUCAGCCCUGGAACGGUUCAUACACCCUGGACGUUGCCCAAAUUAAUUACACAGAAAAGGAGGAUAUUAAAAGCCUAAUUCAAGAGCAGCUUAACUCCCUGUCCAAUGACAUCAAGAGCAUUUUUCUGGAUCCAGAGUUUAGUUUGUUGCAGAGAUGCUUGUUAGUUUCAAGGCUGUAUGGGGAUGAGUCUGACCUGCAGUUCUGGACGGUUGCAGCCCAUUAUCUGCACAGUUUUUCCCAGGGAGAGCAGCUCAGCGAGCCAGCUGCUAAUGGGGCUGCCGCAGCACAGGGGAAGCCAGGGAACCACCUGGACAUCUGCUACGACACACUGUGUGAGAAUGCAUACUUCCAGAAGUUCCAGCUUGAAAGAGUUCACUUGCAGGAAGUGAAGAGGUCUAACUACGAUCACACCAAGAAAUGUGCUGACCAGCUCCUCCUGCUGGGACAGACUGACCGGGCAGUGCAGUUGUUGCUGGAAACAAAUGCUGAGAACACCAGCUAUUACUGCGAUUCACUGAAAGCCUGUCUGGUCACAACUAUCACCUCAUCUGGACCUUCACAGAGCACCAUCAAACUUGUAGCCACUAAUAUGAUAGCUAAUGGGAAACUGGCAGGCCAGGUAGAGACUGAUCACAAAAAACUAAAACAGAUUUUUCUUUCUUCCAGCAUGCGGUACUUUGAUAGAACUGCACUGUUCGUUGAAGUCUGUCUGAAGCACGGAGUAAUUGAAGUCAAUGACAACACAAAUAAACUCAUCAGCUCUGUGUUUGCUGAUUAUGCACGGACCUUAAAGGCGCUGGGGCUGAAACAGGGAGCUGUCGUGUUUGCCUCUAAAGCUGGGGCUGACGGUACAGACCUGCUGAACGAGCUCACACGUAUCAGAGGAGCCAGCAGAGGAGAAGAAGAGCAGUGAUGAUCACUAGCACUGAAACAGUACCACUGUAGUAACACCUUCAAUACAGAGAACCUUCAUAUUUUACACUGCACUGUACCCCCAUCCCCUCCCCUCCCCAUACACACAAGACACAAUGUUUGAUUGCCCUGUCUGAUACUUAUGUUCACAAACGUGUUCAUCAAUACAUUUGUGGUACAUUUUUAAAGCUAUGAACGAAAAACAGCUGUACCAGUUGUUGUAACAAAGGACUAGUUUAGGCAUUGCUUUGUACAGUUAUUUAAAGAGGAAUGGGACAACAGGGGGAUAUGUAAUGAUUAUGAAUUGAACUGCACACUGCCGUAUUUUACAGUCUGCCUUGUGGGAGUGACCACAGAACCAUGUCUCAGUUUGUUCACAAUGGUACACAAGCUUGUUUGUAACCAUGGUCAAGAUUGUUAGCUCUUGGUAUAGAAAAAAAAGGUGCAAAAAAGCAAUCAUAUUCACAUAUUCCUGAAAGGUUUUAAAAUCCGUAUAUAUAUUCCCACUGUGGAAUCCAAAAAAUGCAUUCCAGUUGCUGAGCUGCAGGCAAUGAGAGGCUUAGUGUGUGAGCACCACAAGAACAGCCUCUGAUGUACACCUCUGAGACCAGACUUUGAGACAUUUCCAUUCGCUGGCUUUACUGGGUGUGAGGAAUGAGUUGUGAACACAAUUCCUCAUUGAGGUAACCCACAUCACGCAGUCCACAGCAGUAGCUAGGGCAAAGCACCUGCACUGUACUAUGCGUGUGUCUAGAGGUCCUCUAAUCCACUUGUGAUAAGGACAUUAUUUAGCUCAAGUUAUUACGAGUAUAUAAGUGAGGUGCCGGUUCAUAUGUGUGUAUGUCACACCUUAGAGAACCGCUUCACUUUGAGAAACUUGGUAAGGACAUUCCUUUAUGUGUAUUAUCCUGCAUGGGUCUGCACAUCCCUGCCAAUACUGCAGAGUCCCACACUUAAAUUGAUAGAUGUCUUUUAUCUUCAUACUCAUUUGUUGGUAGUUUGUUCUUAGACACAGCUUGUGGAAAGGGGCAGAGUGUUUUUUCUAAUUGCCCCACAUUCUCAGACUUUUUUGUUUCUUAUUCCAUUAUGCCUUCUUAACAGUAGAGCUUACAAAAUAAUAAUUGCAUAUUUUAAAUCUCUUGACUGGACCAAAUCUUGUAGUAGGAAUUCACAAUUCACUAGAGCCCUGUACAGUAGUUUGUAAUAGAUGCUUAAAAUGUGUUACUUUGUGACUGACAGUAAUUCAAAAUGAUGUUUAAGUGCUCUCUAGUGGUGAGAGAAGUCAUUGCAUUCUUUGGUACAAAGCACAUUUAAUGUACUGUGUUUUUAAAUGUGCUUUUAACAGUAAGCUGUCCGGUGUUAGAAAUUGAACAUGGGCAAUAAGAAUAUAGGUUGAGAUGCAGGUAAACUCAAUAAAUCAGCAUUGCUCAGACAAAGAAUAAAAAGGAACCAUACUCUAGACUGUUAAUCAAAGCCAAUGCUGCAGGAAAGGGUGCCUCUAUCUAUAGACAGUGUUUAAUGACUACAUUUCCACAGGCCUCUUGUUUAGCUAUUGAUCUUCUUUAUCUUCAGUGUGAGACCCCCCCCCCCCCCCCCCCCAAAUUUUCAACUAAAUGGUACAAAAUAUCUUAACGGUUACUGCACGCCCCUGCACAGAAACGGUACCAAACUUGGUGCUGUAAGCAGAAUAAAUAGUCAAGUAAAAAUGAAACACAAAGACAAUAAGGGACCUGUGAAAAUAGUAUGCUAAUGUAGGUCAUGUUUCUUCUAAAGCCUUGGUUAAUAGAUCUGUAACAUUUAGCAGAGGAAACACUGGGUAGCAGACCUGGACUGGGACCUGAAGACUGUGUGACAAUGCAUCUACAAGGGAGGCAAUCGACUGUGCUUUACACUCUGGAUAUCUUACUAUUGGAAACUGCUUGUAUAAAUACAUAAAUAAUUAAAUGGAGUACAAUAUAUGUCUUGUGGAUGUUAAAUAUAUUUUCAAAAACAAUGGCAUUGUUUUGCUUGAAGAAACAAAAUGUGUUACAUGUGAAUCCUGUGCAGAAGAUCUAUGUGGAAGAGCAGGUGUGUCACAAAGAAAUCCUCUAAAAUUU